AUGUCCUCUGCUUUGAUGGCUCCUCGGAAAUUCCUAUCAGGCACCCUUCCUGCAGCUUUGAGUGACUCUGCACUCAUUCCUAUUGAGGGAGACCCUGGGGAGAUGAGGGCAAAGCCAAGUCUUUUCAAAAAUCUUGCAAAACCAGUGUCUUUUUUCCAUGUUGUAUCCUGUCCCACUCCUUUCUCUGAUUCGUCUUCUGGCCUGUUGUUUGCAACACAUCCUGUGCGUUUUUCUUCCACUUUUUGCGGCUUGAAUAGGAGCUGCCAUUUUCUAUUUUGGGCUUUGGGGAUUUUUGUGUGCGUCUUUGUUCCGCUUGUUGGGGCCACACCGCUUGGGGGUUUUAGUGUGCUCUCUGCAAACCUUAAUGGUUUCGGAAAUGCAUACAAAUUGUCUUUGGCCUCUUUGGCUGUACAGACACACCGCCCUAGCGCUUUUGUUAUGAAUGAAACUAAGUCUACUAACCCUUGUGCACACCUGCUGGAUGUGCCAGAAUAUGUGUUAUAUGAAAGUGUGGGAGUGCCGUCAGGACCUCGGACUGGGAAGUGGGGCAUUGUUCUAGGCAUUCGCCGAGGUAUUCAGAUUAUGCGCCAAAUUGAGGCCCCAUUACACCUACAAGGACGGUUAGUUGCGAUAGACAUUGUGGUACCAUUGGGAAAUUCCCGCCCUUUCUGUCUUUGGCUCAUUGGUCUUUAUGCUCCCUGGGAUUCUGGUGGUCUGCAAGCUGCAGGUUUCUGGGCUAGUGUGGCUGAGGUUGCCUCUGCCCAGCCUUCCCCAAAUGGUUCCAUUCUGGUAGGAGAUUGUAAUGUUACUCUGCGCCCAUGUGAACAUUCUACGCAUGUGACACCGGAUGCAACCCACUAUCGGAAUUUUCUGCAUUCUACAGGGGCUAAUGACCUGUGGUUGCUACAGGGGGGCUUUUCUCUACAUCGGGACUACACCCUAAAGAGUUACAAUGGUGGAAAUUUGUCAACGGUGGACCAGGCAGCUGUUAUCUCCCCCUCCCCAUAUUCAGCGCUGAUUCACGCCCUGCCAGACUUUCUAGGCAAUACUGAUCACCGAGCAAUUUUAGUACACACAUCAUUUGAUUCUUUCCAUCAGAAUGGCUCCGGUUCUCAUCCACCAGACCCCACCCUUCUCAUCACUCCUCCCUCCCUCCCUCCUCCUCGGUUGCAGUACCCAGGUCAUGGCAAAAAGGACAAAUAUCAUCUAUUUGCUGAUGAGGUGGAUGCAGCCCUUGCGUUAUGGAACAAGAGGGAAAUUCAGCAACUGAAUCGGAAUAUCAAGGCGAUUGGCAGUCUGAUUUUUCGUCUUCGCUCAGGCCCAUUGUUGCCCCUCCAUUUCCUCCCAUACUGUGUCUGGGAAAUGGCUCGGAUGAUUCCCCCAAAUUCAAGUCCGCAGAAUGCCACUCAGUUUUUACAUGCCCAGAGGAAGAGGUUCUGCAAGGAACGAUACUGGCUCAUGAACCGUUUGGCCUAUGAGAGGGCUGUUUCUCAUGAGAAUGGUCGCUUCAAUGCGGUCCUAUGUGGUCAAUCUGCGAAGUCGCUGAUCCCACAUUGUGUUUUUGCUGAUCUACCAAUGGUUCUGGAAGACCCUCAGACUGGUGAACUGGUGUCUUCCCCCGAUGAAGUUAAGGCAGCAACAUCUUUCUAUUUCCAAUAG